AUGGGUGAUGAUGAAAGUAUGAUUUUAUUAAGAGAUGUAGAAAUUGAUUUUAAUAAUAGAAGUAAUAUAACUUUAAUAAGAAAUAUAGAAUCAAUUCACCAACGAUUUGAAUGGGAUUGUGGACUAUGUUGCAUUGUUUCAAUUUUAAGAUGGUUAAAAAGAAUUAAUAAUAAUUGUAAUAAAAAUGAAAAUAUGGAACACAUUUAUCAAAUAUUAAAUACUAAGAGCAUAUGGUCAAUCGAUUUAUCAAAUGUUUUUAGUGAACUUGGUGUAAAUCAUAAAUACUAUACCAACACAAUUGGUGUGAAAAUUGAUUAUAAAGAAAUGCAAUUUUAUAAAAAUUGUUGGGAAUCUGAUUCAUUACGUGUAAAUAAUUUAUUUUUAAAAACAAUGGAUUUAAAUCCUUCAAAUUUACAAUUAGUUUCAUCCUCUAAUCAAUUACCAAUAAAAUACUAUAUAGAUCAUAUUAGUAAAGGUUUACCAAUUAUACUCUUAGUAGAUUCAUGUUAUUUAUAUUGUAACAUUUGUGAUAUCCCUUCCAACAACAACAACAACAACAACAACAACAACAACAACAACAACAACAACAACAACAACAACAACAACAACAACAACAAUAAAAAUAAUAAUAAUAAAAAUAAUAAUAAUAAUAAUAAUAAUAAUAAUAAUAAUAAUAAUAAUAAUAAUAAUAAUAAUAAUAAUAAUAAUAAUAAUAAUAAUAAUAAUAAUAAUAAUAAUAAUAAUAAUAAUAAUAAUAAUAAUAAUAAUAAUAAUAAUAAUAAUAUAUCAAAUGUUUAUGAUAAUGAAAAUUUUAACAAAAAUAAAUACAGAGAAGAAGGAGAUGAAAAUGAUUUUUGUGGUCAUUAUAUUAUUUUAGUUGGUUAUAAUUAUGAAACAAAAGAAAUUAUUUAUAUUGAUCCGUCAUCAAAACAAAGGUUUUGUACAAUUACAGAAAAGAAUAUUGAUAAUGCUAGAAUGAAAUCUGGAACUGAUUUGGAUAGUAUUUUUAUAUUAAAUCAACCUUAA